ACUGAAAUAUAUAUACUGAAUUAUAUAUACUGGAUAUAUAUAGAUUGGAAUACUAAAAAUAUAUAUAUUGGAAUAAUGAAAUCAGAAUUAAAAUAUACGUAUUUGUUAACCUUUCUAAGGUUACUGAUGUUAAAUUCAUAUUCGCUUUAAGCUUGGACAUUUUCCAGGCGACGAUCUGUUGUAAAGUCCAAGUAAUUCUUGUUCACGGAAACGGAAAUACAUUAUGGAAUCCCAACAAAGGUUAUUGAGAGGACAUUGAAACAAGCAAAACGAUACUUUGACCGAGGAAUGGAGUUUCUAUAGUGACGUGAAUCGAGCCUUCAAGGGAGUUUCUAAAGUGACGUUAAUCAAACCUUCAGUGGAAUUUCUAAAGUGAAGUUAAUCAAACUUUCAAGGGAAUUUCUAAAGUGACGUAAAUAAAACCUGAAAGGGAGUAUCUAAAGUGACGUAAAUAAAACAUUCAGUAGAGUUUCUAAAUGACGUGAAUCAAACAUUCAGUGAAAUUUCUAUAGUGGAGAGCACUAACGAGGAGAAAAUGCCACGAAACACUCUACGUACGACUGAUGCAUGGAUCUACAAACUGUAUGUCUGAUAUCUUCCACGUCAGGCCCGAUACCAUCCAUAUCAGACCGACUCCACACGUUUUCUGUCAUCAGUUAUACACAGUCUACAAUUUGCUUAGUGUCAUAUAUAUUAGACUGAAGCUUCGCUCUGUUUUAAAUGAUCUAUAUCAGAGCAUUGCCACAACUGAUUUUAUCCACAUCAGACCGGGUCUAUAUUUUGGUAUUUUUCAUAUGAACUGGAAUCCAGUAUCAUAUCUUACGUUAAUAUUGGAUAUAUAAGCUGAAAUACACAUCACACUGGAUUUACAAGUUUUGUGUUGGAUACCAUUCAUCUCAAACAGGAUGCACCUGUUCUGUGUUUUGUGUCAUACAUAUCAAACGACAUUCGCAAGUUCUGUGUUCAUUAUCAUAGAUAUCAAAUUGGAUCUACACCUCCUUUAUUCGAUAUCGAUGUCAGACGGGAUAUACAAAAUAUAACUAUGCAUCUUAUCUCACAUUUUCAAUCGCAACAUAAACAGGAUCAUUGCAUAACUACUCACACUUUUGUUAUCUCGAUCUCUGAUGUCUCGACUAUAUGGGAAACCUAGACAUGAACAGUGACUUUCGGUUAAUAAUCAUCUUCUAUGAAUAGGCUGUCUUUGUUGAUGAAGGGUAUUGAUUGUGAUAUCGAAAUACUGAUAGGACAAGUGGUUCGUGAUACAAGUGUUCGAAUGUGUUCACUGAAUGACGUCAGUGUGGUCGACUUUCAACUCUGCUCAACACGGAUUCGUUUUCGUUUAGAAUUCUGCUCCAUCUUUUCUAACUGCAACAUUUUAACAAACUAAUUAAUAUUCGUUAAAAUGAAAUCAACGUAGAUUCUUGUAUAAUUUAUUUUCGGGAAAGCACGGGUUAAUUAGUGAUAACCGAAAAGUGCAACUUUCGAACAUCGUAAUUCCUGUGGUCCUCGGAAGUCAGUGGAGGAAACAAACAACCAACCAACCAACAAUGGCGUCUGCCAAUGAAAGUUCUGAUUACUAAUUACUCAGUCGUCUCGCACGGCUGUAACGCUUCACGGUGUUGAUGUUGGAAGCUAUCUAUGAGCAACUUUCUUAUAAUCCACACCACUGCUCGAAAUGUUUUCCAUAGUGUAUUCGGCGUCAAUGAGUAAAUAUUUGGAGCCAGUCUUCGACCUCUGUCAGAAAAAGAGGUCAGGUUGAUUGCAAAAGUGGAAUACAAGCUGGACGAAACCUCGCCAGUUACAUUCUAACAGAGAUCAUUGACAGUAUUUAACCAUGACUCAGGAUGUCGUGACGUCACUCGCCACAAACCACAGCGACACUCUGUAUGUGACUACAGUCGAUAGUCACGUGUUCGGGAGUGGCACAUCCGGUGGCUUCUCUUCCGGAGCUACGUCCGGGCUGUCAUUAUUAGGAAGUUCCGGUAAUAAUGACAGCAGCAGCAGCAGCAAUGCUGAGGCGACGGCGUAUCAUGUGUGGAGCAGCGAAGUAAGGGAGAGAAUCGCCGUUGUCACGUUCAUCAUGGUGUGUACGAUCCUCGGCAACAGCACGCUGAUGUGCGUCAUCUUGUGCAAGCGGUCCAGCCGGAUCAAAAGGGUUAACGUGUUCCUCGUGAACCUGGCGCUGGGCGAUCUCGCCGUGGCGCUCAUCACCAACACGACCGAGAUCCUCUUCCUCGCCUUCGACGACUGGGCGCUCGGUCCGGCCAUGUGCAAGAUAUCGGUCUACCUGCAGAUCGUCACGUUCGCCAGCGCAACGUUCCUGCUGACCGCGAUGAGCAUAGACCGGUACCAGGUGAUCGUCAAGCCGCUGCACUCGCUCGCGCACCGACCGAAGAUCUUCAUCAAGGUCAGCGUCGCCUGGAUCAUGGCGUUCGUUUUCGCCCUGCCGCAGCUCGCCAUCUUCGUUCAGGUGGAGCAGGGUGUCAAGUACGACGGAACGCCGAAGCGGUUCUGCGUCAGCCGCGGCUAUACCGCCGAAUGGCAGCGGAAGCUGUACUUCACGUUCCUCACCACCUACAUCCUGCUCGUGCCCUCGUGCGUCAUGCUCUUCUGCUACUCAAAGAUCAUCCGCGUCGUUUGGUCGCUGUCAGCGCAGGACGAGAUCGCGCCCGCGCACGCGCCGCAGUACACCGGAAGCAGGUCCUACCAGAUGCAGAAGACGAACCUGUCGCGGAUGUCUGUGCGCCGCGGUCACGUGACAGCGUGCAAGCGUCGCGUGGUGGUGAUGACGCUGACGGUUAUCGCGGGUUUUCUCGUGUGUAUGGGGCCUUACUUCGUGGUGACGCUUAUCAGGAUCUACUCCGACUACAAGCUCAAGCUGCACGUGGCCCAGGUCGUGUCCGAGAACAUCCUCCUCACUCACAGUGCCCUCAACCCUCUACUGUACGGGAUAUUCACGCUGCGCUUCAAACACUUUACCUCACUGCUCAACUGCAUCAAAUGCGGGCACCGGUCUAUUAAAAGCCCCAAAGGUAAAAAUCACCUUCUGAAUAGAGGAGGAGGUGGAGGGGGAUGUCAGAACUACUCGGGCAAGGGACAUGUGAUUCAGUUACAGUAUAACACGAACCGCAAUCGUUUCCUGGGCAACGAUGUAAACCAAUCAAAGAGCAUGAACUACAGAGAGUAUCACGCGCUGAAACCGAUAGGAAAGAUGGCGUCACUGGACGUGGUCUCCAAUGACGCUCUGACGGACAAGUUUGACGUUGUUUACAACGACAGGUGCUUGAACAGGUUCGACUUAUCCACUGUCUUGUGCAAUGAUAACGCUGAUAGACCACCGCCCCCUAGUAACGACCCUCUGUGGUUACCGCAACAGGCGCGCCGGCGAGACGAGUGCCUUAGCAUCGUUUAAUUGGCAUCGAUGCUUUCAUCCAAGGAGGAAAGUAAAUGAAGAAAAAACAUCUUAAUAUCCCAUAAAUCACAGUAAUAGCGAUCGCAUGACCGACCGCGAAUGGUAUCAAGCUUGCAGUAACUUCUCUAAUGGCCAGCAGGGCGCUAGAGUGGAGUAUCUCGGUGUUAUUCGAUUGCUCUUGCUCGGUUCAGAGCAAACAAAGUUCCGAUCUUAAAGGGACCGACCAUUCCAUUGAACGACAACUCUGAGGAGAUUAACACUUUCUUUCUUUUACUUCUCUCUGUCAGUUUUAAGAAGCAUUAGGGCAAUAGGCUGUGACUAAUGUAUUAUAUUCUAUAAUUAUUAUGCUGUUGAACGUAAAUUGGGAGGGCCCAUAUAAAACAAUGUUUAGCAGCAUUUGAGUCAAAACCAAAUAAAACACUAUGAUAUU